GUCAAUCCAAGAGAGGUUUUGCACACAGAAACGAAAGAGAGUGACACCCGAUCUCUUUGACUAGCAACAAUGUUCGUUUAGCUGAGUUGGGUGAAUCACAUUCCCCGCAGAGAGCACAAAAUUCAAAUCCAAAUGCCGUUGAUGGGAGUUUAGUUGGUCGGGAUCUUUUGAACGUAUCGUUUUGAUUGCUGGCAGUUACGGAAACUUGAAUAUGUUGCGCCGCAUUCGGCUUGUUUACAUUAAAAAAACACACACUGUGCGCGCGUCAUACGUCAUCUACUAGUAAACAACACACAUACAUAUAAAGAAAAGCUUGUGUCAACCUGUAUCGGUUUGUACAAUGUGCAGUGGAAAAUAAAACACCAAUUAAAAAUAGUUUCAAAUGAAGUGAUUAAGCACAAAAAAGAAAUUCCUAGUAAGUCUGUUGAUGAUUGAAAAUCCAUACUACGAGUAUGGACGACAGUAAGCGAAGCUAAGCGCAGCUUUACUAAAUUUCCGUCAGAAUAAAAUAGGCUAGAGCUUUUGCUCAAAAAAAAAAAAAAAAAACUGGUGCUGCUGCGUAAGAAGAGAAACCUCUACAACGGAGAAAAUAAUAAAAAGAAACCAGACAAAAGAGUAUUAAAUACGAAACAUCUAAUUUAUGUGAAUAAAUAAUUGUAUAAUAGAAAUUAUAAUAAUAAAAAUAACAAAUAUUUAUGCAAAUCCAAAUGCUUCAUACCCACAAACAUACAUACAGACAUAUGUAUGUGUGAACGCCAAAGCUUAUUUCAUUGAAAUUGUGAAUUAAUUAAAAGUGAAGACAACCGCACAGAGCCAAGAUGGAGUUUUAAUAUCUGCGAGAAUAUUUUCUAACGGAACGGCGUUACCUCUAAUCGCAAAGCAAUAUAUCUUGUGUCAAGGACAAUUUUGGCAGUUUUCGAGUUUCUAUGGAAAAAAUGCAUUUAAAUGUUCAUCACAUUCAACAACUACAAGAACAAACACAACAAAGUCAACAAAGAGAUUCACAAUAUGAUUUUAUACAAACUGAUGAUAAGACUUCAUCAUUAUCAUCUGACGAAAGCAACACCGAGAUAACGGCGACAAGCCACAAAUCUGACAUAGACAAUUUUGCGGGGUCUGAGGCGAGUUGUACUUCUUCCACAGACUCCGGUGUGCACGGCAGUGAUAACGAGAACCCAGCCACAACAGCUCCCCCAUCUCCCUUGCCACGGCCACAGCCAAAAAACAUCUCCCAUUCUUCCACAAAAGUAACUGUGAACCCAUUGUGGCAGCACCAACUCCAUUUAAAAACAAAGGGCAAACCAAGUGUUUCCGGAGAUAACAAAUCAAAAAACAAUAACAAACCAAAAGCCUGGAGCAAUUCUGACGCCAACGAGCGAGAACAUACGGGAAGGAGCUGCAAUAGACCUUUUGACAAUAAGUUUGCAAAAAUCGAGAAGCAUUUAAAAAGUGGUAGGGGCGACGAAAACAAUUCUAGAACUCCACAUACCUCCAACCGAAAUGCCAUUGAAAUUGAAAAUGUGAUAGCAAAUGGAUGUGCAGAAAUGAUGGAGGAGCAAAAAUCGGCGUUGGGGCCAAGGUUUAAUGACCCAUCACGCGCCCCGUCACCAGCUCCCUCGUCCAUAAUUUCGUCGUCAUCCGCCGACACUCUACCAAAUAAGCACCCGCCGUCCCAUCACCACUGCAAUCAGUCCCCUGCGAUGUCUAUACGCAGCAUCGAUUCAAGUAUCAUUGACUCCGAUAGCGAAUUGGAUGAAAACGGUGAAGCGGAGGGCGUGCACAAAAACUAUGUGAUAAAGAAACUUGGCACCCAAGUAUCCUACCCGCCAAAACACCCGGAUAUUCCUGUAAUCAACAGGGGGCUAACGGUCCUUAACCAAAAAAUAACGCCCAAUGUCAUUGGACCGCCACCACCUGCCCCGCUCGCCGUUCUCACAAAUUUGGGUGAUUCCUUAGGUUUGGCGCAUUCGUUAUCACAGGUUCCAAUCGUUCGGCCCCAAGUGGCCAUUAGCAGUUCCUCAGAUGUAACCAUUGGCGAUAAGCAUUUCUACGAGGGUCCUGUGACCAUACAACAGUUCCUCAUCGACAAUCGGAACAAGAGCAACGAGGGUGGCGGCAAAGACAACGUCGUAUUUGUGGAUGACGACGGUGUUACUCGUACAAAUGCCAAAGAUAUUAAUUCGACACCAGCAGCAUCCGAUGCUACGAACGUAAACUUUCUGAGGCGCAAAAAGCUCAUAAUCGCUGGUUCUUGUGCGGUGAUAGCACUUGUGGUGGUGGCCAUCAUUGCUGGGAUCGAGGCGUCAACCGACAACAAAAGUAAGAUUGCAUCCGGAAAUAGCGAAGAAUCGAGAAAGAAUAUUCCAAUCAAUUCAACCAUAGAUAUUCCGUGCAGCGAGGGUCAUUUAUGUCUAAUAAGCCGCGAGACCUGGGGACACCGUGAACAAAAAAAGAAAUUGGAUCCGCAAAACUUGCCAUUACAUCGCGUGGUAAUCGCUCACACAGCCUCUACGCCUUGUGAUUCCCUAGAGACUUGCAGCGAUCGAGUUCGCGAAAUUCAAAACUUCCACAUGGACUCCUUCAAAUGGGAUGACAUUGGCUAUAACUUUCUCAUAGGCAGUGAUGGGCGUGUCUAUAUGGGACGGGGUUGGGACGAUGUGGGUGCCGUUGUAAAGGGCUACAACUACGAUAGUGUUGGUAUUGCAUUUAUCGGAACAUUUGUAAAAGAUAAGCCCACAGAAGCGCAACUUAAUGCUUGCCGGCUGCUCUUAGACGAAGGCGUUCGUCUCAAGAAAUUGGUGCCUGAUUACAUCCUCAAUGGAGCCCGCCAACUAAGUGCCACUGAAAGUCCUGGAGAUGCUUUGUAUUAUAUAAUUCGAAAGUGGCCCAACUGGUCGGCAAACAUACAAAUCAAAAUCUCGUAGUUUCCUUUGUAUUAUAUUUCCUUGUAUUAGUGUUCAAACUAGGGUGAUCAAGAAACUGUAUUUUUCUUACAACUGGAUUUCAAAGUAUUCAGAAAAUGAGCUUUUUUAGAAACCCAGUGCAAGAUUUCGUCGUUUAAAGACCCGGUAUAAAUUCAAUUAAAUAAAGCCUUUAGAUAAAGGCAUAUUCCUAAUUAAUAAUUAACUAUCCAUAAGAUACAUUUUAAUAAAAUAUUCUCAAAAUGAAACAAUAUUGAUUACAUUUGUUUUUAAUACAAAAUGUUGAUGCAAUUUUCACUCAAGAAAAAUUUGGAUGAAAUUUUUUCCAAAGAACAAGUUGUAAUUUAAAUGCAAACUCAGUUGAAUUCUCUUUAAAAGCAAAUUGUAAUAAAAUUUGCUUAAAAUUUGAUUAGUUUAGAGAAUAAAAUUUUAGCGAAAUUUUUUCUAAAGUUAAAGAUAAAAUUUUAAUAAUUAAUUCAACUUGAAAUGGUCUUUAUUGCAAAAUUUUCCUAAAAAAAACUCUAUUUGAUGACUUUGGAGUUGCUAUUAAGAUAUUGUCUUUAGAGAUAUUUGUUAGGCGUAAAAAGUGAUAGUUAUUUCAACCAUCAGAAUUGGUUGGUACACACAAGAAGUCGGUAUUCUCGGCAAGAAACCGAUUUUUUAAGAAGAAGAAGAACAUUCAGAUUUGGUCGGCCUAGUUCAAACACACUUGAAGAAAACUGUUAAACUGUUGAACAAAUUGCAAUGAAUUGGGGGCAAAUAAAGUAGCCCUGUUUUAUUUUAGUACUGAAUGGCAUAUUAUAGUAAAUGGAAUUAUUUAUGAAGUUAUGUGCAAGAUCUUAAUAAAUUUUUUAUUGUAAAUGUUACAACUAUCUUCAA